GGAGGAGGAGCGGGCGCCAUGGCGGUUCUGCUGGAGACCACCUUGGGCGACAUCGUCAUCGACUUGUACACCGAGGAGCGGCCGCGCGCCUGCUUGAAUUUCCUGAAGUUGUGCAAAAUAAAAUAUUACAAUUAUUGCCUUAUUCACAAUGUGCAGAGGGAUUUUAUCAUACAGACUGGAGAUCCUACUGGGACUGGCCGUGGAGGAGAGUCUGUUUUUGGUCAACUGUAUGGUGCUCAAGCAAGCUUUUUUGAGGCAGAAAAAGUACCAAGAAUUAAGUACAAGAAGAAAGGUACUGUGUCCAUGGUGAACAAUGGCAGCGAUCAGCACGGCUCUCAGUUUCUUAUUACUACAGGAGAAAAUCUGGAUUACCUUGAUGGUGUUCAUACAGUGUUUGGUGAGGCAACAGAAGGCAUGGACAUAAUAAAGAAAAUUAAUGAGACCUUUGUUGACAAAGACUUUGUACCUUAUCAAGAUAUCAGGAUAAAUCAUACAGUCAUUUUAGAUGAUCCAUUUGAUGACCCUCCUGAUUUAUUAAUUCCUGAUUGGUCACCAGAACCUACAAGGGAACAACUGGAUAGUGGUCGAAUAGGAGCUGAUGAAGAAAUUGAUGAUUUCAAAAGAAGAUCAGCUGAAGAAGUAGAAGAAAUAAAGGCAGAAAAAGAGGCCAAAACUCAAGCUAUUCUAUUAGAAAUGGUGGGAGACCUACCUGAUGCAGAUAUUAAACCUCCAGAAAAUGUUCUGUUUGUUUGUAAAUUGAAUCCAGUGACCACAGAUGAGGAUCUGGAGAUAAUAUUUUCAAGAUUUGGGCCAAUAAGAAGUUGUGAAGUUAUCCGGGAUUGGAAGACAGGAGAAUCUCUCUGUUAUGCUUUUAUUGAAUUUGAAAAGGAAGAAGAUUGUGAGAAAGCCUUCUUCAAAAUGGACAAUGUACUUAUAGAUGACAGAAGAAUCCAUGUGGAUUUUAGCCAGUCUGUUGCAAAGGUUAAGUGGAAGGGAAAAGGUGGGAAAUAUACCAAGAGUGAUUUCAAGGAGUAUGAAAAGGAACAGGAUAAGCCAUCUAAUUUGGUUCUGAAAGAUAAAGCAAAGCCCAAACAGGAUGCAAAAUAUGAUCUUAUACUAGAUGAGCAGGCAGAAGACUCAAAAUCAAGUCACUCACACACAAGUAAGAAACACAAGAAGAAAACCCGCCACUGCUCUGAAGAAAAAGAAGAUGAGGACUACAUGCCUAUUAGAAAUACUAACCAGGUGCUUAUAAUCUCCACACUUUACUGGGAAGAAAUAAAUAUUUUAUCCCUUUGUAAAUUACAUCUUAGCAAUGUAAUUUUGAAGGUAUGGCUAUAGUUCUGAACCAGAGUGAGAAUGUUCGUAACUCUACAAUAACAGAAUGGUUUCUCUGGGGUAAUGACCUUUAAUCUUCAAGAAUACAUAUUAGAAAUUAUCAAAGAUUGGUUUUGAAGUAACUUAAUGUAUCAUGCACUUCAACUUUGUGACACGAGUAUGAAUUCCAUAUCCGUAGAUACUCAUUUAUUCCCAUAAAAAAAGAAGUAUGGUUAUGCUGAAAAAGUGCUUCUCAUUUAUCAUUUUAAUUUCAUAUGAGUGUUAUGUACAACACUAACAGCUCUUGAGGUUUUAGGACCUCAAACAUUUUAUGC